GACACGUUCAGCUCUCGAGUCAAUGACUUCACCUUGAUUCUGUUCACUGUGGAGUCAGAUCCUACAGCUCCAGCUGUUGUUAACUUUCUCAAGGAAAACCGAGACAUCCAGGAGCUCUGCGACAGCUGUGGAGGGAUUUAUGAAGUUCUUAACAUCAAGGACCAGCAGCAGAUCCCAGAGCUGCUGGAUGCUGUGGAAAAAAUGAAUUGGAGACCAUACCAAGAGAAACCAUGCUGCUACACGACAGAAACAUUUGCGUUUGCGCAAAUAGAAAAGAUCAGCACACUACAUGCUGAACUGAAUGACCUGAGAAGAACGAGCCCCGUCAGCUGUGAGGUGGAGAAGCAGCGUCCAGACUGUCUCAGGAUUGUGCUGGUCGGGAAAACUGGUUGUGGAAAGAGCUCUUCAGGAAACACCAUUCUUGGACGGGAAGAGUUUGAAGCUGAAUCAAGCCAAAUAUCAGUCACCAAAGUGUGUAAGAAAGCAGUGGGUGAGGUGGACGGUCGUCCUGUUGUUGUGGUCGACACUCCUGGUCUUUUCGACAACAGUUUGAGCCAGGAGGAAGUCACCGAGGAGCUGUCGAAAUGCAUCAGUCUUCUGGCUCCAGGACCACAUGUCUUCCUGUUGGUGUUACAAAUCGGCAGAUUCACACCAGAAGAGAAGGAGACACUAAAACUCAUCAAGAGAGUCUUUGGCAAGAAUGCUGAACAAUUCACCAUCAUUCUGUUAACUGGAGGAGAUAAACUGAGGCGGGAGAAGCGGUCCAUUAAAGAGUACAUUGAAAAAAGAUGUGAUCAAUCAUUCAAGAACAUGAUCGGCAAAUGUGGAGGAGGAUGCCACGUGUUUGACAACUACGAUGAAAGCAACCGCACGCAAGUCAGCGAGCUGAUAACCAAGAUUGACACUAUGGUGAGGACAAAUGGAGGCAGAUGCUACACUAACGAGAUGUUCAAGGAGGCCGAGGCCGCGAUACAAAAGGCAGUCAAUGAAAUACUGAAGGAGAAGGAAGAGGAGAUGAGGAUAGAGAGGGAAGAACUUAAAAGAAAACACAAGGAAGAAAUGCAAGAGAUGAAAAGAAGAAUGGAUGAACAGAGAGACGAAAUUCAAGAGGAGAGAAAACUGAGAGCAAAACAGCUUAAAGUAAUGGAAGAAAACAUCAACAAGGAACGUGAAGAGAGAAGGAAGGAACGGGGAAAGAGAGAAGAAGAAGACAGGAAGAGAGAACAACAGGAAGAAAUUGAACGGCAGGAGUGGGAACAAAAAGUUGAAGCUUUGGAGCAACAAAUAAGAUCCGAAUCAGAGUCGAAAGAAACCAUCGACAGAAAGCUGGCAGAGAGCAGAGAGGUGAUGAGAAAAAAACGAGAGAAGGAGGAGAAAAAGCAAAAAGAGUGGUGGGAUAAACGAUAUCAAGAAAAUGACCAGAGACAACGGGAGGAGCAGACGAGACUGAAAAAGCUCCAAGAAGAAUAUGAGAAGGAGAGAAGAAAUUACGAAAAGAAAAGAAAUGAAGAGGACCAAAUCAGACAGGAGCAGGAGGAAAAGAAGCUGAGAGAUUUGGAGGAAAACUUCAGGACAGAACUGGAGAAAAUAAAGACAAAGUAUGAGGAGGACGCCAGACAUAAAGCCGAAGAGUUCAAUGAAUUCAGAGAGAACAAGGAAAGAGACUUUGCAGCUCUGAUCGAAACACACAUGAAGGAAGUGAUGGACCUGAAGGAACAGCAGGAGAAAGACAUGAAGAGGAAGCAGGAGGAAUACGACCGGCUGAACGUCCUCUCGAGCCACACUGAAAAAAGUCUGAAACAAACCAUGGAUGAACUGCAGGACAAACACAAACAAGAAAUGGCCGACUUGAUCCUGAUACUUCUGACCCAAAAGAAAGAAAACAGGAAGAAAUUAAGGGCGAUGCGGGAAACCCACUCAAGAGAGGAGGAGAACCUCAAGAAAGAUCUUUCAGCCCAAAGCAGAAGAAAGGAGAAGGAACAAAUAGACAGACUGAAGAAAAAACACAGCCAAGAAAUGAAAAUCUUAGAGAAGCAACUUUCGACCCAAAAAAAGGAAGAUCAGCGCAUACGAAGGGCUACGCUGCACCUAAAUCAUGAAAAACAAAUCAAUGAUCUGAGGCUGGAAUUGCUGAACCAAGAGGAACAAAAUCAGAAGAGACAGCUGCACAAAUUACAGAAAACCCAUGAGGAAAAAAUGGAUGAAUUCAAACAGAAACUCCUGGAGGAAAAUGAAAGAAAUGAGCGGGCAAAAAUAGACGAACUGCAGAGGAAUCACGAACAAGAAAUGGAGGCGCUGAGACAGCAACUUCUGGCCCAGGACAAUCAGGAGGAAGAACUCAAUGAACUGCAGAAAAAACACGAAAAAGAAAUAAAUCAGCUGAAGGAGAAACUUUUGACCCCACAGGAGCAACAGUCCUGCUUCAUUUCAUGAUCAAAUUCAGUUAUUCCAAAACGUCACAAAAAGUGACGAGUUGCAUCAUGCAUUUUUAUUCUAAAGCUCUGGCACUUCAGACAAAAGAGUCACCACAAGAUGAGCUGAAAAGAGCAAAUACUUGCAACGCUCUGGUCUACAGUGUUAUAAAGACCUGCUGGUUCACACCAGGCUCUUCCUAAACCUUCUCAUCCCAAGUGCUCACGUGUUGCCGCUUUGCCAGUGGACUUCCACGCCUGUAUAUUACGCUUUACGUGUCCUUCUGCGUCCGCUGUUGAUGUUUCGAUGUGACACCGUUGACGGGAUUAUGCUACAGAGGCAGGUGGUUGUAUUUCAGCAACAAAAUCACAUCGCAACCAACGCCAGGUCAUCAACAAAAGCCACAUUCCUAAGAUUUCACAACAAGGGCAAAAAUGAUUAGUUUUAGGGGGAAAGGGCACAUGGUGAAGUGCAGGAAAAAAAUAUCACAUUCAGACGAGCAGCAAACACCGACCGUCUGUGUCAAAGUCUUAGUUUUGUUCAGUCCACCCACUGCCACUCUCGCCUGCCUUAUAGGGACCGUCGUGCUCCUUAUUGACAUUGAUACCUGCAGUUUUUUAACAUGACACACCGUCCAGCGGCGUAUCAUGCAGACACAACAGGUGCCGUCCGCCCAUGUUACAAAGUAACACCACCAGUCGGUGUAUCAUGCUGCCGCAGCAGGUGCCACCCGGCCGCGUGGCAGCAUAUCGUUACACUGCAGACAGUUCAGUUGGGCUGUUUUCUCAGCUGAAGCCAGUGACGUCCCAGUUAGCAGGCAACGUUCCCACAACACUGGCUAAGGUUACCUACAAGUUGCAAUAAUGUUUUAAAGAAAAUAUUUUAAUUUAAUGUUCAAAGAACAUUUUAUGGAUGUUUCAUCUAAAGUAAUGUUUCUUUAAGGUGAAUAAGACGUGACGUUUUAACUUCAACAUUGCAAGGAUGUUUUGUUAAAGUUGAGGCAAUAAUUAAUAAAAUGUGCUAUUUUAAAACGUUCCAACAAUGUUACAUGAGAACAAAGGAAGAACGUUUUCAAAGUAACAUUCAGAACAUGUUAUUGAGGACUGAGAUCUGCCAACUUUUUUAGAUGAAAUUGCAAUAUAGUGUGAUAUAUUAACAAUUUAAAAAAAAAAACAACUUUUUUUUUUCAUGUUUCUAGAGAAUGUUGCCCAAACUUUCAGAGGAACAUUCUUGAAACAUUAAAACUUGACACUGAAAAGGGACGCCAACAGUCGCAUACAGUCCGCCAGCAAAUUAUACUGCAAAAGGGGGCUUUUGGUUUUAGUAUCUUACACCAAAAUCACUGUCAAAGCAAAAGUAUCUGGUGAGCGAGGAGCCUUCUGCCUGCUGAAUUUUGCAGACUUGUAGAUUUUGUUGUUUUUCUUUGACAUUUGUGCUUCUGCCAUAAACAAGUAAGCUGUCUAUGCAGUUAAAUUGUUUCAUUUUCUGUCUGAUUUUAUUGUUAUUUCCCACUUUGUUGUGCUGUUGGUUGUAGACAAAGUUAAUACUGUUCACAGUCCGAUUAUGAACGUCAUGAAUCAAGGAUUUCCGGCUGUUUUAGUGAUUAAAAAUACAUUUAGCCGCAGCUGUCUGUGUUUCAAAUACAGUGCCUCUAAGCAGGAGAAACUGAUGUCUGUUCAACGCGCUGCAGCUUUGUUAAAAUACGUUUUUCUGGCUUCAGUGAUGGUUUUGAAUCGUAUUGUAUUGCUCGGUGGAGAUGUGCACUUUACUGAGUGCACUUCUUUUUUAGAAUCAAGGAAAACUUUAAGGGUAACAGACACUAAAGCUGUACAUUUUACAUUUUACAUUUCAUAGCUGAGUUUUUAUACAACAAUGAUAGAGUUAAGGUAAUUUUUACUUGAAGCCAUACUGGUUGUACUGUAAUAGUCAUUUUUAUUUUUGUACAUGUUCGUUAGUAUUUUGCUUUCAAAAAAUAUAUAUGAAUGUGGAUGUAUGUCAUCUUGAUUUUUUUUUUAGUGACAUGAUUUAGCAAGUGUUUGUAAAUUUACCCUCUUUUUAAUAUAUAACCAAAACUAAAUGUUAAAAAAAGAUUUCUUUCUUAUCUCAGUUUGAAAUUCUGAUUUUUAUGUCUUAACAAAUGUGUGGUUUAUGAUUUAAGGUUCGAACGUCAUCAUUACUGUCAAAAAGUGUUUUCUUGGCCAAUGUAUUCAGAUUACAAGUUGUGCAAUUACACACAGAAACUAUUUUAGUGUUUUUGUAAACAAUAAUUGCAUGUUUUUUAAAGUGGUUAUUCAUUUUAUUAUUAGCAAAUACAAUUAUCCAAAAAAGUUUUUUUUUUUUCCUGCUGCAUAUUUUGAAUGAAAAAGAUUGCAGAGACGUUAAUGGUCCGUUCAUUCAAUUAUUUAAUAACUGCCUGGAAAACUAAAAAACAAAAGAACCAGUGAGAAUUUCGUAUAUUUGAUUUUCUGUAUAAACGAAAUAUUGGGGGGAAAAAAACGUGUGUUUUCUCUUUAU